AUGUUACCUAACCAUGUACUUAUUAUAGGUCCCCCAAAUAGCGGCAAAUUGCGUAUGGCUGACCUUAUUCUGAAAAGCGAUCCAGCUUCUACGAGAUCUGGAGUGAAUGAUGAUUCACAUAGCGGGAUAAUCCAGAUGACCUCAUUCUCCACAAAGUACUACACGGUAGAUUUGAAACUCAUGAUCGACGAAUACCCAUCCAACCGCAACUACUCCGCCUACGAAGAAUACAUAAAAGAGUUACGAGAUUGGAAGGAUGAGUUUUUGGCUGAAGAGGCUGAAGAAUUAAGAGAAGUGCUUGACGGAAUUAUAUUCACGAUCAAUAUGAACUGGGACCAAUCCGACUUCCUACCUUUGUUGUUGAAUGAAAUAGAUGACAUUCGAGCUAGAGUAGAACAAAAUGGUGAUUGGGAUGGAUUUUGGGCUGUUGUCGGAACUGUGCCAAGUGGAGAAAGCGCAGAACUAUUCAAAAUGGAUGGAAUUGAAGAUGAAGUAAUAACCCACGGAUUUGAAUUCAUUAAUAUGGAACAAAGUGGUAUCAAUGAACACCGAGAGCGAAUGGGAAGAGAUAGACUACUAGAAUUGUUUGAAACACAUGACUGGACCAAUAUGGAACUAAUCAGGCAAGAUCAAAACCAGUAUCACGACAACAAACUCAACAAGUUAAAAGAGAUGCAUACAGGCUUGUUGGAUGAGAACAAUGUUGAUUUGGAACAAAUGUUUUCCAAAAUCAACUUGGCAAAAGAGAAAGCCAGCAAGCUACCACAAGCUGAGAGAGAACAGUAUGCAAAAGAGCUUGUCGAUGAAUUUAUGGAGUUUAUAUAA